AGCUCGCGGCGGGGACUCGCCCUUGCUCCCUCAGCUAAUGGUAUAUUAGAAGGGCGGGGUUUACCGCGCCUCCCAGCCGGCCAAGAGUAAAAUCCCCGCGGGCGCUGUUGGGUGGACCGGACGGCGCCCGUCAGUCCUUUGCUCUACCAGCCUUCCUCCUUUGCUGAGCGCUGUGGGCGCGGUGCCCGUUAUUUCUGCCGAGAGGAAGUGCUCGGUCCGUAAUUCGGGUACCGGCUUUUCCAGACCCUUGUUUGUUUUUUGGGUGCAGAGCCUCUCCGCGGUCUGGGGGUUUCUGUCCUCCGGCUCACGUCGUCGCGAAUCUCUGAGGGUCCUGUUUCUUAGCUACACUGUCCCUCCCUCCUGGAGGUAGAGUGAACGCUCAAGUGAGCGGGCAGGCUGCACUGGGUGCAUGCGUCCUGCCAAAGAGCCAGGUUUGUAAUCGUGAGAAUAACACUGAUGUUAACUCCCGAGAGGAUCUUUUUCCUCCGUCUGCCAUUCUUCCGUGCUGGAUUUAGCAAAGCACCGACAGUGUUGUGAUUUUAAUAAAUGAUAUAGUUAUCCUGGUUGCCAAGCUGGCAGAAUCCACUCUGUGAAAUUGUGUCGUGCUGGACUGUGAUUCUAAGUGGGAGGAAUUAGCAUUCCUCUUUUUAUGUGUUUCUUAUUUUCCCAUUUCUUAUUUCUGUUGUGUUGUGCUGUCCUCUUUUCCAGCCAAUGGAAGGACUAUGAUAAAUUUAUUCACACUGGUGUGAUAAGAACUUAAUCAUACACUGUAGCCAUCAAAUCUUGUAUUACGCUGACUUGUUUUUGGUGCCCCUAGUAAUUUCAUCAGAUUGUGAGCUCCUUGGGAGCAGAGAGCAUGUUUAUUUUUUCCACUAAUGCCACUGCUUUGAGCAUGUGCUGGCAUUUUGGUAGAUACUUGAUAAUUGUUUCUUUGGUUUAUUCAUGUUUCCUCUCUAAACUGCCAUAGAAAAGAAAACAUCAUGGAGAGGUGAUGUUUUACAAAUAAAAAUGAAUUCCUUCUGGUGGAAUUUCAAAUAAUGGCCAGGGGUUUCACUGCACCUAAAAUCUUAGUGUAAACUACCGCAUAUAUUGUUCGUAUAGCAAGUAGGUGAUUUCUAUACCGAUUUUUUUCUUAAACUCUAGAAGAAAGAAUAUUUCUUCUGAUGAGAAAUGCUGUCAUCACAGUACCUUUUUUAAUCAUAGAGUUACUAUGAGAAAAACACAGGCGAUAUGGAUAAUUACCUUUAUAUUCUUUGACAGCAUAGCUAUGUACAUGCAUCUUACAUAAUAAUAAUUAUGAAGCACAAAGAUGUAAUAGUAUUUAUCUUCUUCAUUCGCUUAUUUAAUGCUUUCUGUUUGGAGUCUUUGUUUUUCUUUGCCUAAAGGUAAGGUAUCAUUACAGAAGCUUGAUAAAAUUCUCAUUUCAAGAAAUUGAGCAUUUUUUCAGCCUACACAGAAAUUAUGGCCAUUUGCAUGGAUUCUUCUUUGAGUAAAUUCUAAAGAUGUGUUACUCAUCAUCCCGGCUUUAUCUUCUUAUUUCUCUUCCCAGGUUCAUUCACCUUUUCCCUCUGUCAUCAUUCUUCCCUUCCCAGAUAAUAUAGUAAAGAUAUCCACAAUUUUUAAAGGAGCCAACCAUGUUCAAAUUCUACUCUUCAACAAUUUUUUACCUUAUUGAUAUAAGUAGCAAUUUUGAAAUAUGAUAGAUGCUGGCAAUUUUGAAAUGACCAAAUGAAAUGAUUUAUUUUAUUUAAAUGCGCCUCCUCAAGCAAAUUCUGCAGUUUUCCAAAAUAAAUAUUUUUCUCAUGAGAGUCUCCCUUUCUUUGAAAUUUAUACUUUUAGGCUCUCUGAGUAUUCCCUUAAAUUUUGUGACCAGUUUCAUCAAUAAGAUGAUAGAGGGAAGUUUGCAAAUUUUCAUCUCUUUUGCACAUUCUUUUCUUGCCUAAUGGAUAAAUAAUUUCCAGAAGUUUCUGUCCUAACUCAUGUGCACUAAAAUUCAGUUGGAUAAUAAAAAAGCAUGUCUAUAAACCGAAGCCAUUCUGAUGGUUAUUUUCUGAAACUAAAAUUUAGCAUGAGUGAGAGAUAAAAUAAUAAUAUAUUAAAGGCUUCAUUUUUACUACUUGUACAAAUAUGAUAUUGGCAGCAAUCAUUGUGUAGCACUGGACCGGGAAUCAGGAGACCUGGUUUCUAAUCCCUACUCUGUCACUAACAAGCUGUGUGAUCUUGGUAAGUCAUUUAAACUCUAUGUCAUUGGCUUUGAUAUUUAUAAAUGAAGAGAGAAUUGUCUUCAUAGGAUCAUUGUCAGAGUUGAAAAAUAAAUAUGAAUAUAUACUGAACAUUUAUAAAUACACGGGGGUUUCUUUUAAUGAUACCUUAAUGAUGUACAGACAUAAAGUGUCUUUAUAAUAGUGUGAUGUUCUUCAUCUUUUCUACAAUUGUCAGAGGAAUAACCUAUUAUAUGAUAAAUAAAUGUCUUUUGAGCAUGUUAUAGUUUUGUAAAAUGGUCAUCUAGUGUACUUGAAUCUGCUUUGGAUACUAAUAAAAAUCAUCUUUCAUUUUAAUAUUUUUUACUGUCCAUGUUUGCUGUAGUGUAACUGUUGAACCCAUAUUUGUUAUUUGUGAUCAUAAAUGUUUUUUCAUUAUUUCUUCCAGUUAAGAAGUAAGCCUUUCUAUUUAAGUAAUAAUAAGUAAUGCUACAUGUAGCAUAAUGCACAUAUGCCUAUUUGGCUUAUGCAAAUUUAACUGUCUGUGCUUAAAAAUACUUCUUUGUAGUCAAUAGCUUCAAAAGCUGCCUUUUAUCUAGUGUUUAACCAAAGAAACAGUAAUCUGUUCAAAACUAGAAAAGAAACUAGGUAGACAUUGUAAAGCAAUGUGAUAUACACAAAACAAUGCUUUGAAGAGCAAAAUAAGCAUUCUUAGAAAGGGUAAUUUUGACCACACAAAAUUUUUAUCUUCACUGAUUUUAAUAUAAGUCUUUUUUAAGAUUUAAUCCAAAUGUACUUUCAAGUAGCAUACUUUUGGUCUAUAAAACAAUAUGAUUAUAUCUUGUUUCAAGGUUCUACUUCAGCCUACACUGAAUUUCUGGUAUAUAACACUAUAAAGAUAAUUUCUGGUGUAUAAUCUUACAAUCUCUGUUGUUCUUGAUUUUAUAUGAUUUUAUAUUUAUUUAUAUGAUUCUGAUUUUAUAUUACCAUUUUAGGCAGACAUAUUACCUUAUAAAUAUACCAAAAUUUAUACAAUCAAAUGGGUUUUUUCCCCUCUCCAAAGUAAUCAUCUUAGGAAGCUAUUAAUUUGUUCUACUAAUACUGCCAUUGUUUUUUUUUUUUUUUUUUUUACUUUUCUGUUGUGGAAUUGCCUUCAGAGUAUGCCACACAUUUUAAAAAGUCUUUAAUGAUAGUUAUCUUUAUCUUAUGAAGAUUUCAUUUCUGGGGCUGGGGUUGCGGCUCAUUGGUAGAGCACUCGUCUAGCACGUUCGAGGCCCUGGGUUCGAUCCUCCGCAUCACAUAAAAAUAAAAUAAAGAUAUUGUGUCCAUCUACAACUAAAAAAUUAAAUAUUUUUAAAAUAAGAUUUUAUUUCUGGAACCUACUAACAAUCCUUUAUAACUCAGACAAGUGAAUAAAGUGGAUGUUGAAACCACUCUUUGGAAUAAACAUUUUAGAAUGAUUAGUUUCAUAUUUUUUAAUUUGUAUUUUUUAUAACUGGAUUAUAGAAAAACUCUAGUUAUAUUUUGUGCCAUCAUGGAAAUAUUGGAAUAAUCAGCUUCAUAAGGUGAUUUCUUCGAAGGGGAUCACAUUCAGUUGAAUAAGUUCCAAUACAUUUAUUAUGACGUCUGUCUCAUUACAUUGUAAUCAUACUUCUAUUGCUUAGCAACCACAGAAGUACAUAUAGGUUACUGAUGUUCUAGUUAUCUCACCUAUCACUAAUUGAUCCUUUAAUAUAUGCUUAUGAUAAUUUUAGUGGAAUUCACCCUUUUCUUAAUCAUAUACUGACAGCUUUGGGGGUUUUUUUCUCCCAUAUCAUGAUCUGCUUCAUUCUUAACCUCUUUUGUUUUUGACUUGACUUGACUUGACUUCAUUAUUGAUUGUUAGUACGUUUUCUGUUGGAUUACACUGUAUCUUUGAGUGGUUUAAGACCAUUGCCAUUUUACUAAGGUUUGUAGAAGCUACAAUUUUAGGUGAUAGGAUGUCUCAGUAUUGCACUGUCUUUUAUGUCUAUUGCUACUUUAUAAAUUUCUUCAUGUCAGUUGAUCCUAUAUAAUUCAUGUUAUUUCUCUGUUCAGAAACCUUUACAUUCAGGAUGAAUAAUCCUGGUAAUUUCAUUUCACUUUUCUCUCCUUUUUUCCAAACUGAACAGACUGGAAUUUUCUUUUUAAAUACCCUUUUCAUACUCAUUUACUGAACAUAAUGUGUUCUUUAUUAAUGCUAAAGUUUUACCCUUACCAUUUUACCUGCCUGAAAUUCCUUUUUUUUUUUUCUCAUUCUUUCUUUUCAGAUAUAACCAAUCCUUGAGAAUUCUGUCUGAUCACAUACAUUUGUUCAGGAUAAUCUUCAGUAAAUCAUUUGCCCUUUUACCUCACUGCAUCUUUACAUGACCAUCAUAGUUAUUUUUAUUACUUGUUGGGUAACUGAGUUAUCUUGAAUUUUUCUUAAUUACAUGUUUCUGUUAGUUUUAUACAUGGAUAAUAAUUUUUUGAAGGAUACAGGACCAUGAUUUUUCUAUGUAUCACUUAUCACAACAUAUAUCAUAAUUCAGAACAGAUGGUAAUACAGUUAUUUCAUAAAUAUCAAUAAAUUAUUUGUUGAAUGAUUAUUCUGCCAUCUUCACUCAGAUAUUUCAUGUGAUUUUACCUUUUGACCAUUUAAUAAAGCCAAAUAAAUUUAAUUUCAUUGCCUUAAUCUGGUUAUUGUUAUUAUAUCCCCAAUAACUUUAUUUUGUAGAAGCUUAAGUGAAAAUGGUACAUGUUAGAAGACAUGAAACAAGGAAAAAUUCUAAAACUCAAGUGCCUGAGCAAAAAUCUCGAGUUGAUUGGCGGCGGACUAAAAGAAAUAGUAUCUCACAGUUAUUUGAUAGUGAUGAAGAGUUUGAUAGUGAUGAGGAACUUGAUAGUGAUGAACAGCUUGAUAGUGAUGAAAGUGUUGAUAAUGAUGAAGAACUUGAUAGUAACAAGGGGCUCGAUAGUAAUAACACACCAGAAAAUGAAAGAGUGCUUAAACUAAUCAAAACUGAAAGUGAAGGAAGCAGCAGUAAGCAUGUCAUUAACACUGGCAACAGUUCAACAUAUGAAGAAGAAAUUAACAAAACCAAUCAUAGGAAUAUUGACUUGACAGAUCAUGAAAAGCACUUGAGUCAAGAAGAGAAGGAUCUCAAAAAACAUACUGUACAAAUCAUAGAUGAGGAUUUAGAAGAAGAACACAUCAAGCGAGUGAAAAGAAAAAGGAUUUCCUCUGUGAUGUAUGACAGUGAUGAGAGUGAUGACAGUGAUAUCCUAAUUAGAAAAGUAGGUGUUAAACGUCCACGAAGAGUGGUUGAAGAUGAAUGUUCUUCAGUGGAAAUGGAGCUAAAAAACCCUGAGAAAUCAUUAGCUACUCGAAAGCGAGAACAACUCCAGAAGUUGAAAGAACUCUCAAAACAAAGAUCUCGCCAAAGACGCAAUAGUGGUAGAGAUUUUGAGGACUCUGAAAAGGAAUCCUGCCCAAGCAGUGAUGAAGAGGAGGAGGAGGAUUCUGAAUAUGAUGAAGAUGGAGAUAAUUAUAUUAUUGAUGACUUUGUAGUACAAGAUGAGGAGGGUGAUGAAGAGAAUAAAAAUCAACAAGAAAAAAAAUUAACUACCUCUCAAUUGAAAUUAGUAAAACAGAAUUCUCUUUAUUCUUUUAGUGACCACUAUACUCACUUUGAAAGAGUUGUGAAGGCCCUUCUGAUUAAUGCUUUAGAUGAAUCUUUUCUGGGAUCAUUGUAUGAUGGCACCAGGCAAAAAUCGUAUGCACAAGAUAUGUUGACAUCUCUUCAUUAUUUGGAUAAUCGCUUUGUUCAGCCCCGCCUAGAGAGUUUAGCUUCUAGAAGUCGUUGGAAAGAGCAAUAUAAGGAGCGGGUAGAAAAUUAUUCUAAUGUGAGUAUCCAAUGGAAGAAUCCUGAAAACUGUUCCUGUCAGGCUUGUGGAUUGCAUCGCCACUGCAGAUAUUCAGUGCAUUUAUCAGGAAAGUUGUAUAAUACCAGGACUAUGGAAACAGAUGAUUUUAUGUCACAUGAUAAACAGGUGUUUACUGUUGGCAGAAUAUGUGCUGAUCGUACCAGAAUUUAUCAUAAACUGAAACAUUUUAAGUUCAAACUCUACCAGGAAUGUUGCUCUCUUGCAAAGACAGAAGAAGUUGAGGAUGAACAGGUUAAAGAAACAGUGGAAAGAAUUUUCAGUCAGUCAAAAGAAAAUGGCUGGAUUAAAGAGAACAGUUCUUGUGACCUGAGAGUGAAGAAGCACCUGGUGCCAAUCUGAGGAAAGGAUCUUCGCUGCCAGUUCUAAUACCACCCACAUCCUCUUCUUGAGGACAUGGGACUGAGCAGUGAGCAGUGUAACUGAAGAUCAAGGGGAAUGCGGAGGUUUCAGGCCAUCACACUGAUUUUGAUUUCCCCAUAUCCUGUUGAUCACUAAAUUUGAUAUCAGGAAUAGAGUGGGGUUUUGAAGAGUGCACUGGAUUCCCAAAGAUCUACUGGCAGCUCAUAGCUCUGGUCUGCUCACAGAGCUUUUAGAAUUGUUUAUAGUGCACAAAAAGAAUACUAAUAUGAUUGCAGUCUUCUAAAACAAGUCUAGUUACAUGGAUAAGUAAGAGAGAACAAACAGUAGAUUUCAGGCACCUCAGAUCAAUGGUAUAUACUUUAAAAAAAAAAAAAAACCUGCUUGAGAUCCAUUGCCUAGGCUAGAUCAUAGGGAAAUUUGUAGGUGGGAGCAAGGGUGGCAACAGAUCUUGGCAAACAAACUUCUGCAGAGGGAAAGAAAAACAAUAAAACAAAUUUCUUAGAACAUAUCAUCUUCAGUGGAGGUCUUCUAGUCUAGAGAAUGACUUCAUGGUUGGUUUCCAUUUUGACAAUAAUUUUCCCACUUCAUACCACCACCUAGUGAUCUUGCCUACCUCUGACGCCUUGAUCCUUAAGUCUUCUUUCAUUCAUUUUACUCUCAUCUUUUUAUCUUUUCCUUUGCUUCUACUUUGCCUACUCCAGAUCUCCUCCCAUCCUGCUUGUGCUUUUCCAUUUGUGCUCUUCCAUAAGGGAAGAACCAUCAUUUAUCCAGUAACACAUCUUCAUUUUCCUAGAUGUUAAAUUCUUAAGUGUUUUUAUUGAUGCCUUUAGAGGUUGCCAACCCUCUAGUGAAAUUGGAAAACCUAUUGUGAUACUACAGUUAAAAAGGAUUGUGUACUAGGGAUAGAAAAAAAUCACUGUGUACUUAUCAUUUAUAUUAUGUAAAAUUAUAUAUGGGAAACCUUAAAUUUCUUGAAAAAACAAAAAGCAUUUCCAAAUCAUGUACCUUCAAGAAAGCUUAACCAGGUUUGGGACAACAGAAGGGUCCUGGAAUAAGAAAUAUAUUCUUAGGGAGGAAAAUAACCAAAUCUCACAUUAGGCAUAUAGAGAAUAACAAUUAGCAUUAGGCAAUGAAGGCAUUUCAAGAUUAUACAUGUUUAGGACAAUAUAUAUAUAUAUAUAUUCAUAUUAAAAUAGCAAAGAGCUUCAUUUUCUUUUUGAGAUUUUUCCCUCACUUUAAAAAAAAAAAUUUGUCUAUGAGAAUUUCUCCAAAGGUUUCCUAGAAACCAUGAGGUUUAUAGCCAACAUAAACCCAUAUGCAGUUUUUUGUGCUGUGAUAAAAUUUCAGAAUUUGUCAAAUUUGUUUACUCUGAUUUUAUCGCCCUCACUCUGUUUAUCCUUCUCUGUGUGAGCCUUUAUGUGACAACACUGCAUGUGUUUUGUGAUGCUUCCCUUCACUGGCUGCAAUCUUGUGGCCAUAGUUACUAUGACCCUUUAGAAUGUCUGGGCUCAGUGCAACUUGAAUGCCUAUCUCAGUGGCUAUUUCUGCUUUCACCUCCCAAUUAAACCAGAUCCUUCUUUUGCUUUAUACAAAGUAUUUGUUCCUAUCUUUCUGCUCCCAGCUUUUACCCACACUUUGCUUUUACCCUUACCUAUCCCUUCUCUUCCAAGCACUUUUCUUCCAUUACCUGAGGGUAUCUCAGUGUGUUCUCAAACACCUGCCAACUAGACUUCAUUCUUCUUGUUUUUACUCCAUAGCACUAAAUGAGGAUUAUCUGUUUCAGUCUAUUUAUACUAAAGGAAUGUAGAAGUAACUCAAAUAUAAAAAAGAAGUGAUAGGAACAUUUAAUAAAACCAAAAUACAUAGCAAAUACAUAUGUCUCAUUUUUAAAUAAUAUGUGACAGGCAAAAUUCUAACAAAUGUUUUUUUUUAUUAAGAGGAAAGUUCAUAUAAUGAUGAAGUUUCCUAGGAAUUGAAAAUAAGAUUGUUGGGGUGGGGUAAUAGAUAUAUUAACACCAGGAAGUGAUGAAAGUAUGUUAUAUUAAGUCAGUUUUGCACUUGGAUCUGACAUAAUUUUCUUAUAUACAUAUAUGAAUAUUCCACAGUGAAUCUCACCAUCAUGUACAUCCACUAGUCUAGGGUCCUAAUUAGAAUAAGAUAUAUUCCAUGCUUGUAUAAUUAUAUCAAAAUGGAUUCUACUGUCAUGUAUAACUAAAAAGAGCCAAUAAAAUAAAAAAUAAAUUCUAAAUUUAUUGCAUAAAAGUUAUUAUAUAAAGAAGAACUUUAAAUUAUAACUAAAAACUCUUCCCUUUUCUUAAAUCGUUCUGAUUUCUUCUCUUUUUUCCCUACCUUUUAACUUAACUUUCCUUUUUUCCCCCCUAUCCUUUAAGAUGAUGUUUCUCAAAACAUUGCCUUUGACAGCCUAUAUCAAAAUCACCUAGUUUGUGAAAAAUAUAUAAUCUCUGGCUUCAUCUAAACUUAUUGAAUGAGAAUCCUUGAUGGUGAUAAACAUCCAAUGUUUUAAAAAUUGAGUGAUUAAGUUAUAUACAAGGACCACUACUUGAAAGGACAUAUUACAUUAGAUUAUGUCUUCAGCUUCUCAAAGCUGCUUUGACAAAUAUAUUCCAUUCUGUAGAUCUAGGCUGCUACUUCUUAGUAAAGGACUCCAAGCUCCUUUUAUUUUCUGACUGCUUUCCCACAGUCCCAACUGUUUAUAUUAGUAAGCCCAUCUGGUACUAUAAGAGAGUAGUCUUCAUUAUUAAAAUAAGAUCUAAACUCUCCAAAUGCUCAGUGAAGAAGACCUAAGGGAGCUGUAUCUUUAGGUGGAGAAAAUGGCAAAAGUAAUACCAACUGUCUUUUUCUCUGUUUCACUGUCCCUUUUGAGGUUUUUUCCAUUUUUGUCAUCAAAGCUGCUACCUUCUUGUCCCCCCUCCCCACUUUAAAUCUCAGAAACACUAUACUACUAUAAUGGUUAAAUGCAUGGAUUUAAGUAUUUGCUCUGCCAUUUACUAGCAAUAGAAUUUGGAGGUAAGUUAGUUUAUUUCUAUAAAUCUAAAGUUUCUAUAAAACAGGAAUUAAAUAAUAUGAAUUAGGAUUUUGAUUUUGGAAUUAAAUAAGUAGCACAUUUUAAACAUUUAUUAUAGGUCCUAGCAAUUAAAAAGUGAUCAAUUAAUGUUAGCUAUUAUUUGUAAUAAAAGCAAGGAGAGAUUUUGCAUCCUUUAUAUAUAUUGGAUAGAGCCAGAUACUGUGGCACACAACUGUAACCCCAGUUACUCAGGAGGCUGAAGCAGAAGGAUAGAAUGCCUGAGAUCAGCCUAGGCAAUGACCUUCUCCCAAAGUAAAAUUUUAGAAAAAGAGCUAGGGACAUAUCUUAAUGGUAGAGUGUUUGCCUAGCAUGCGUGAGGUCCUGGGUUCAGUCCCACUAUUGAAAAAAAAAAAAGAUAAAAGAUAAAUUAAAAUUUUCAGGAACAAAUUUAAUAAAUAAUAAAGAAAAACAACAUAAAAGAAAAAUAAUAAUAAUAAUAAAAGAUAAUAAUAAGAAGAUAAAUAAUAAUAAUAAGAUAAAAGCAUCAAACAACUAAACUUUUAAAGUAUACAUUUCUUAAAGUACUUUACUUAUAUCUAGUAAAACCUAUCUGAGACUAGGCCAAGAAAAUUCCUAAGUAGUCUUAUAAGUUAUUCCUCCUCUUGUUCUUUUCUUCCUCCUUUCCUGAGAAGGUGAUGUAAUCAGAGAUCUUGGGGUUAUAAAAAAAGGUUUCAUGGCCUUAUCUAGAAGGAAGAUGGACUCCUCAUAUUCCCUUCUAUAGAUCUCUACCACCACAAGGUUCUUAGAGAUCUUCUCUCAUCUUGAUAGGGAUAGACCCUCGGAGUUCAUAUCAAGAAACCAUAAGAUUACAUAACCUCCUCAACUGAAGAAAGCAUUUUGCACUCUGUAUAUCCCAAACUGAACUCAUAUAUCUCUUUUGCUCCCCCAAGCUACUUGUGAAAUGGCCCUGCUCUUUCUCCUACUCACUCACCUUGAUAUCUCAAAAUCAUCCUCGACUCCUCUCUUAACUUGUUCCACCCUGUUCCUUAUCCUCCAUCUUCAUUGCUAUUACUCAAAUUUGAGCCCUCGUGACCUAACUUGUAACCAUAGGUUCAUAAUUGGUUGUGAAAUCGUUCUAGAAUGGCUGUUUUACCAAUUUCCUUAAAAUAUACCUCAGAUCAGGUCAGUCCUCUGCUCCCAGAUCUUUAGCACCAUUCCAUGGUCUGUUAAAUUAUUAUUCCACUCCUAACAUACUUUUUAUUAUCUGACCAUAAUCUCUUUAGUUCAAUCUUAUCUCUCUCAAUUCCUUAGAGUAUAGUCAAAGCCCAUACUUCCUUAUCAAGUUACUGUUGGAUGAACAUGUUAUCUCUUGCAGAAAAAUUUGCUAACUUUUUGCCUACAAAAUCUUUGUGCCAAGGACAGCUUGAAUGUCAUUCUUUUCCAACCACUUCAGCAAACUAUGACUUCUGAACCCUCAUAACAUGUUUUUACUCCUUCAUGACACUUAUUAUGAUUGUUAAUAGUGUAGUACUACUAAGCUCUAGUCUCCAUUGGGGCAGGGAAAGUAUCUUUUCGAAACUCUGUACCUUAUAAGUCAUUAGUUUUGACAUAUAUGUCCUAUAAAUAUUUUUAAUGUUAUUAAAGUAAUUAAAUUUCUACUAUAAAUAUUAUAACGGAAAAUUAUAAUUUGUGAGUUAUGAAAUUAAUUAUACUAUUGUUUGAUUUUUUACCAAUGCUUUCUAUGAGUUAGAUAUUUUUAUUUGAAAUUGAGUUCCUAACUAUAAUAAAAAGAUAUUUGUUCCCAAUUACUAUGAAAUGCAUUUCUGUUGUAGUUUGAAAAAUGUGUGUAGUUUGAAAAGGUCUAGCUUAUCUUCACUGCUUUGAGUUAAAUAA